AAGCGUCCCCAAAUAUCUUAUUCAAUUUUCAUAAUCUGGCAAUUUCUAGCAAUUUUAAUUUCAUUUGGAAUUUGCUCAAUGGGAUUAUUCUACAUUUGGUUCUGGAAUAUUCGGGUUUAUCAAAUUCUCGAUAAAUCCAAAAUUCGACCAUCAAAAUACACAUUACGGGCUAGAUUUCAAGCCAAAGAGAACGUUCGAAGUUUUGCGUUCUCAAAAUAUGCAUUCUUCUUUAUCUCUUCGUGUUUGGUUUUCCGAUAUUCUUUGAUUUUGCUUCAAUCUUUUGAUUUUUUACAAAAAUAUGAAAUUAUGCUAAAUUAUGUCAUGGAAUUUGGGGACGCUUCACAUCCCAAUGUGAUCGUACCAAUAAUCAUGUUAUCAGUACCCAAUCCAAAAAAAGUCUACUCGGAAUUCUUCACCACCUCCAAAUACGAAAUGAUUCAAAUCAAAAAUUCGUUAUUCGAUUCGCCAUUUUUCUCGAUUGGUUCCAUUUUGUUGACUCAUUAUAUGGUCUUCGCAAUUUUGGGUCUUACAGGGAUUACUGUAGAAAGAAGUUUGGCCACUUUUUGGAUCAACGACUACGAGAAAAAACCAAGAAAUUGGAUUCCAAUUUUCGUCCUAACUACCCUACAAUUAAUUUCUUGGCUAAUUGCCUACUCGGCAAUUCAAAUUUUACUGGAUAUUUAUUCCUGGUUGAUGAUUGGAAUUCUAGUAUUGACUUUCAAUUUUUUGCUAAUGGGCUACAUUUGGUACUGGAACGUUCAAGUACACAGAAUUUUGGAUAAUUUCAAAAUUAUCCCCUCGAAAUAUACGUUACAAGCCAGAUUUCAAGCGAAAGAAAAUGCUAAAAGUUUAAGUUUUCUCAAGAUUACUGUAGUCGUUAUCAGCUCUGCUCUAAUUUUCGAGUGCGUCUUUUUCAUCCUCCAAGCUUCGAACGUUUUUCGGGAUUAUGAAGUGAUACUGUAUUAUUUGGUGGAUUACGCCAUCCAUGCCUUAUCAUUCCUGUGGCAGUGUUAUCGAAUCCUUGUUGGAAGUCGAAGUUUUUUAACUUUUUUGGAAAAUUCAAAAAUUUUGAAAAUAUUGUUAAAGCUUCGCCGAACAUUGAUUCCCGAAGAUCCAAAUAUGCCAAGGAACGUUAGUUGA